AUCACGAUGCGUCACAACAAUAUCGAGUCGAUCAGUGCGAUCACAUUCAACCAGCAACCAUCGAUGGAAGCGUCGAUGGCUGACGCAAAUAAUAACCACAACGGUACCAGCUACGUCGGGCUUUCAAUGGCAGCAGACGGUGCCGGAUCUCUGGUAUCCGAAAUCAAGAAAGACGAAAAAUAUUCCCUCCGGCAAAGACAGUCCCGUCGUACCACCCAGGACAUAGCAAACGUCAGCAAGGCAACGACCACAACAAAGGAGAAGGCAACGCCAAAGGAAAAACCUAAACCCAAAGCGGCUCCCCUUAGCAAGUACCGACGGAAAACGGCCAAUGCACGAGAGCGUAGCCGAAUGCGGGAGAUCAACAGUGCGUUCGAGAAUCUGCGACGUGCUGUUCCGGUAGCGGUGGCUGGAACGAGCGGUACUAGUUCCCCCGUCAGUUCUCCCCAGUGCACCGGAAGUGCGGCAUCGAGUGAGAAGCUUACCAAGAUCACCACCUUGCGGCUUGCGAUGAAGUACAUCCGGAUACUAAGCGAUAUGCUGCACGGAACGACAGGAACACUCGAAAACAACAACGAACUUGAUAUGAUUAAUCAUAACGAGAUAGAACGAGAAGUGAUGCAAAAAGGUUUGCUUCUGUUGGAAGGUGGUGGAUACCCCACAGGAACUCCAGGAUACAUUUCAUCGUCACCUGCCGUAUCGCCGGUGCGACCACCUAUCGAUCCUAAACCGUCGUCAGCGUCUUCCAAAAACAACUCACAACAAUCCGGCCCCACCUCAUCUAGCAGUCCCCGGAAGCGAACUUCAAAUAAACGAACCACGUCCAGCAACAGUCGCUCCAAGAAAUCUACACCUCCAAGUUCCACCCCAAACAACUGUAGAACGCGGGCAACAUCAGGAAAUAAUGCGCGAAAAACUACCACCAGUUCACCAACGUUGGAAAGGAUAGAUGAUAACAUUCAGCUAACAGCGCCCAGUUUACUGUCGGACCCAACUCGUCCGGAUCCGCUCGGCAUGGAUGUAGAUCUAUGCUCCGUGCUGGAGUCGGAUAACGACUCACUCAUACUGUCCGAACCGUGCCUCAGCCCACUGACCGCGGGUGUCGGCCCGGGCGUACUUAAAUCCCACAACUUUGCCUGCACCAACAGUCAGUCGGUGGUGCCGAACGAUGGUCUAGAGUUUGGAUUGUUCCUAGAAUCGGACGCUGAUUCGUUACAACUGUCCGAGCCAUGUCUGAGCCCGCUUAGCCAUUUGGAUUCGUUGAACCCAUUCAACGAUCUGUUGCACACAGGCUUCAACGAGCAGACGGCACUCGAAUUGUAUCUAUAA